AAGGCGCUUUAUUUUUUAUUACUGAUUGGAUUGCUCGGCCGCUUGUCUUCCAUGUCAUUGGCCUAAUCACACCGCACAUCAAAGACGGCCGCGCUCCCAUGACUCGAUCGGCACGGCGGUAGUGUUGCUGCCUGACAGCACUUGCAGCGAGAGACCCGGGUUCGAUCCCAACUAACGGUGCUUGUCUGCUCGGCGUCUGUACGUUCUCCCCGUGACCUGUGUCGUUUUUCUCCGAGAUCUUCGGUUUCCAAAGACUUAAUUGGCUGGGUAUAAGUGUACAUUGUCCCCAGUGUAUGUGUAUUGGGCAGUGUUAAUAUGCGGGGAUCGCACGAACUCGGUGGGCCGAAGACUAAACUAAACUAAUCUGGCCAUCGCUGUUAAGCCCGCCCUCAUCCGCAGCUUGUACAGAACACGCUGGGACGACGUGGCCGGCGUCUGACUGGGGAAGGGCAGCUGUCAAUGAGCUGCGUGUAGGUGUCCGCCUCUCGCCGCUCCCCGCUCCACACGGAUUCCCGCAAACCUCCGGCAAGGGCGUGUGAUACGUUGAACCGUUUCAACUUGGUUGGAACUUGCUGCCUGGCGCGAGCCGCUGGGAAAGUCCGUUGUCAUAGACAAUCCGAAAUUGUGGGCAUCAUCUCGUCUGCUGUGAUUCUAUGGUCCUUAUCCAAAUCAGCGCCCUGGAGGUGCAGACUUUAACUCGACUGUUAACCAAGGCAGCCAUUUAUUGUCGGACAGAAAUCUUUAAACCUUGGGCUGGUGACGUUUUAUCGUUUUUUAAUAUUUGUUCUACGUAACCAUUUCCCGCCCCCCCGCGCAUACACAUCGCCUCCCUGCGUGACCCCCAUACCGUGGAAAGAAAAUGGAGGCCAAAGCUUUAUGCAAAGGAGACGGAGCUUGUAACGCAGUGGCCCCGGAACCUCAUCGGCUACGUGGUAUUGGGAACAGGGAGCACUCCAGGAAUUCUAGGCCUCGAGGGGAAAGACCCAACAUCAACAAUGAGGAAUACGAGGACUCCGAGGCUGAGCAGUAUAGGGAUGGUCGGAGUGAGGAAGUGAACUGGGAGGCCAAGGUUCAAGCGUAUGCUUGGUGCAAGGAGUUUCUUGCGGGAUCCUGGAAGUUCAUUACUGUGGAUGAGUUUCAGAUCUCAAUCGUCAGUGGAGGCCUCAGUAACCUCUUGUAUCUCUGCACACUGCCAGAUCAUGUGCUGAGUGUGGGCGAUGAACCUCACCAGGUACUGCUGCGGGUUUAUGGCGCCAUCCUGCAGGGUGUGGAUUCUCUGGUACUGGAGAGCGUGAUGUUUGCUGUAUUGGCAGAACGUGCCUUGGGACCAAGAUUAUAUGGAGUGUUUCCGCGGGGACGUUUGGAGCAAUACAUUCCAAGCCGUCGACUGCUGACUGAAGAGUUGGGACUUCCAGAUAUUUCAGCAGAGAUAGCAGUAAAAAUGUCUCGAUUCCACGGAAUGGUCAUGCCCUUCAACAAAGAACCAAAGUGGCUGUUUGAGACUAUGGACAGGUAUCUCAAGCAGAUAAUGGGAUUGACAUUCGUCAGAGAGACACAUGUGAAAAAGUUUAAUAAACUGAAGACUUUCAACCUGCCAGGAGAGUUGGCGAGUUUAAAGUCGCUUCUUGAAGCCACGUGGUCACCUGUGGUUUUUUGUCAUAAUGAUGUACAGGAAGGUAAUAUUCUCUAUUUGGCGGACAAAGACGCAACAUCCACAGAUAAAUUGAUGCUGAUUGACUUUGAGUACAGCAGCUACAACUACAGGGGCUUUGACAUUGGAAAUCACUUCUGUGAAUGGAUGUAUGACUACACUUAUGAUCAGUGGCCUUUCUUCAAAGCUAAUAUGGAGAAUUAUCCCAACCGACAGCAGCAGCUUCACUUCAUCAGACAUUACCUUUCUGAAUAUUCGGGGAAUAAAGGGGACUCGGUGCAUGAUGAUCAGUUGAAAAUUGAAGAAGAGAUGAUCAUUGAGAUCAACAGGUAUGCCCUAGCCUCUCACUACCUGUGGGCACUCUGGGCUAUUAUACAAGCAAAGCUUUCCACAAUUGAGUUCGGUUACAUGGAUUAUGCCCUGUAUAGACUGGAAGCCUACUUUGAUCAGAAGAGAAUACUUGGUUGACUUGCUGUAGAGUGCUAGCACUGCUUGGAAUUUAGCACGUUUCUGUUAUUAAUUAUUUUAAAAAAUUGCAUUUCGCUUCAAAUGAGUCCAGGACCAUUUUAAACCUAAUCAGUGACUGCACUUUGAAAUCACACAAAUGUAGAUCGAUGAACUCGAAUCACAGACUAAAAAUGGUGAUCAUGGACUUCUUGGAAGGGCUGUGGUUGAGAAAGUUAAUCUCCAGUCCUGUGAAACCCUGGGUCACAGAUGAUCGUGCAGGAGCUUGUAGCAAUAUGUUUCUUGUGUGAGUUCUUGUACUGUGUAUCUCCAUCCUCAUGCUCCAGCUGUCUCCCAACACAUCAACUACAAGGCUGGUUUUCCUUGUCACGACAGUGCUUUUAAGUAGCCGUUUGUGCUGGAUAUUUUGAUUAAGAUGGUCUGAUUGGACUGAUUAAGACCUUGUGGUUUACUUUGAUGAUUUAAGUUAAUGGUGUCUCUGGCAAAGCCAGCACUUGUCAUCCCUAAGUGCUAACAAACAGGUGACGAAAGAUUAUCUUGAAUGCUGCAAGGUAUUUCAAAGUUGUUAGGUAGGGUGUUCUAAGAUUUAAACAUAAUGGUAAAGAAGAAAUGACUCCACAUUAGCCAUUUAUUAGAAACAUAACCUGUGGGUGGUGUUCCAGUGCACCUGUUACCCUCUUUGUUUUUGAUGGAAGAGUUCACAUAACCACAGAAGUAAUUGGGUGUCGGUUUGAAUAUGCUUCCACACCAUUUGAUGAAAAUAAAAUGAGUACAGUUAAACAAUGCAAACUAGUUUGAUAUGUGGCAUAAUAUGUGGUAUAGAAUACUGUGCUGAGGUUGGUACAGUUGCAAGGAAGAUCUGCCCAGGUUCCUACUCAGGAAAGAUAAACAAAUAGUGGAAACUUGAUGAGAAAAAAUUCUCAAUAUUAUAAUUUCUCGGUAAUAUCAAUGGAUGGAGAAAGAAUUGUGUGUCAGUUCAAUGACUUACAUUUCUAAUUUUUCUCUCUCGGUUGCAUGACCUGCUUCCAUUCUUUUGUCCCUGCUUCUGAUCAUGAUUUAGAAAUGAAGAACAGUUGUUCACCUCGAUAAUUAAACUUUGCAUUAGCUCAUUCUAAGGACAUAUUUUGGUGUCACUCAUGCUACUAACCGUGUGUGUGUGUGUGUGUGUGUGUGUGCGUAUGUAUAUGUGUAUAGACAGACUCGUGUUAAGCACUGAAUGCUCGCUCAUUAACUCAAAUAAACAAGUACGAGUUGUUUAUUGAGUAAUACCAGUCUUCUUUCACUCUUAAUAUCAGGUUAAGGAAUUAUGCAUACGAGACAUUGUGCAAGUCUACAAUCAUUCCAGACCCUGUUCAAUAUGCUGGGAGUUUCACUCUUGUGAAACUUGUGUUUACAAAUUGAGUCUCUUCCUCUGGCUGUUCACCCUUCAACCAAUGGAAGCAAUAGUAACACCAUAAUUUGCUGCCCCAAUCGUUUGGCACCUGGUUCACACCGGCCUCAGUCCAUGCACUCUUCUUAAAGGGACCUGAGCCCACUGGAAAACUUGUUAUACCACUGUAUUGUGUAAUGUUUUUGUAAGUGAGUUGAGAGUUAACUGGAAUAACAUCCAAUUGUAUGAAAAAAUCUGCCACCCAGCUCUACCAAAGUCCCAAGUGUUCCAGAACCAUUUUACUGUUUUGUCAGUUACUAUGAUUUUUUUUCAUACCACCAGAUGCCAGAUAUGAGGUAGGGGUGGGAGAUGGGAAGCGUCACAUUAAAACUACGAUGAACAUCAGCUUGGCUCUUGCAGUCUACUCCUUAACCCCCCACCCCCACCCCCAUGCCCCAGCCUUUGUCAUUCCCAAGGUGUGGCAACUGAACAAAGGUUUUGCCAGAGUUUUUAUCAUAGCUUGUAGGGAAGAAAACAACAAGAUUUGGUGUCACCAAGCAAAUCAUUCCACCUGUCUUGGGAAGCAAAGAUCUGUCAGUUAAUCUAAUUUGGUCAUCCUUUCUAUGUCUCGUCCCAUUCAUUUUACAUCAUUAUUGACAUUAAAUAAAGUGGUGUGGUGUACAAUCAUUCAGUGUAUGUGUCAUAACUGUGACCUUCAGUGAAGCUUUAGUGGAUUAUUGAUUCAUAUUCAUCUUUGAGCUGGUAUUCCAUUCAGGUAACCAGCAUAUGUAAACCAUCUGAGCUAAACUUAUCCCAUCUCAAUUUCAUGGACUUGACAGAAUUGAAGCAAAUUCUGCGAGGAAGAAUUUUGUGACCACAUAUUUUAAAGUGGGAAUUGUACCAUUAUGUUUAUUCCAAUCAAUAGUAUAGAUUUUCUCUGCUCCACAUUCUCUGGAACACUGGCCAUUCAGCCCAAGAGAUUUGUACAAUGUUUUUCCUUCACAUCCACUGCUUCCAUCUUCUAAUUCCAACAAAUCCUGCAAUUUCUUUAACUUUUCUCAAUUCUCUACUCUCUGUUGCAGUUAUUUGUAGGGGUGAGUUACGCAUAAACAGGUUGAGUGAAGAAGUGUCCCCCAUGUUGUUCGAUGGGUUUGUGUUUGAUCAUAUUUGUGGUACUGGUUCUGAUUUCACUGAACAUUAAUUGGUACGUGACAAUAAACUGACCUUUGAUUUCACCCCAUUGGAAAACAAUGUCUCCAUUUAUACUGUCAAACCCUUGCGUGGUAAAGUUCAAAUGAUCUCUGUUAUAGAGAACAAAGCAUUGGCCAGUUGCAUCUUUGCUGAUUACAAACCUGAGAAGUAUUUUGCGUGAAAGCCUUGCUAAUCUUUGAAAAUUAACAAUUGUACACAACAUUUGUAGUUUAAUUUGAUCUUAACAUUUUCUAUACCUUCAGAAACUAAUCUUAAUACACUGAACACAGUAACAGUUAAGUUGUAAUUACUGUUCCCCUAACUCUAAUAUCACAUCUAUUUUAUUUUUCAUCUGUUAUGUUAUGUCUGGUAUCUUCACUUUUUUAUUCUACCUUCAUGUUUACCUACUUCUACAAUGCACAGGACUGACAGUUGGCUCGGGUCUGAGUGAAACCUGUUUGAUUUGUUUAAAAAUGAUUUGCAAGAAAAUAAAUUAUCUACCACUUACCAUCA